AGAGAUGAUGAUGUCAGACCUGCCUGGUUUGUAUAGCACGAUCCCACCACUGUUAGCGGAGAUGGACCAUAGAAUCCAGAACUCAGAUCAAGAGCCAUAUGAAGUGCAAGAGACUGUGAACAAACCUCUGUCCUCUCUGGGGUCUGGACCUGGAAACUCAAAACACGCCUUUGAGUUGAAACACAAACGUGAUAAAAAACCUCAGUUGUCUACCUCCAAUUCCUCCGUAGCAGGUGUUAGGCGUCCCGUCGGCCUCCCUAAAUGCCUGCGGACCACAUCAAUCCAUACAUCCUUCAAAUACAUCAACACGGUGCUGUCCUGUUUGAUAUUUGCUGUGGGGAUCAUAGGAAACGCCACUCUGCUGAGGAUUAUCUACCAAAACAAAAGCAUGAGGAAUGGACCCAAUGCUCUGAUAGCCAGUCUGGCUCUGGGAGACCUGAUCUACAUCGCCAUCGACAUUCCCAUCAACCUCUACAAGCUCCUGGCCAUGCAGUGGCCAUUUGCCGACAAUGUCUUCGGCCUCUUCCUCUGUAAGCUGUUUCCCUUCCUGCAGAAAGCUUCAGUCGGCAUCACCGUCCUCAACCUGUGUGCUCUCAGUGUGGACAGGUAUCGUGCAGUGGCAUCAUGGUCAAGAGUGCAGGGCACCGGUGUUCCCACGGUUACCGCGGUGGAGAUCGUGGGGAUCUGGCUGCUGUCCAUUGUGCUGGCUGUGCCCGAGGCCGUCGGAUUCAGCAUAGUCACCUUCAACUACAAUAACGUCACCCUAAGGGCCUGCAUGCUGCAGCCCCAGACGCCCUUCAUGACUUUUUACCGGGAUGCAAAAGACUGGUGGCUGUUCAGCUUCUACUUCUGCGUUCCUCUGGUUUGUUCUGCUGUUUUUUACGGCCUGAUGACUUGUGAGAUGCUCAGACACCAGAAAGGAAGUCUGCGGAUCGCACUGAGUGAACACCUCAAACAGCGUAGAGAAGUAGCUAAAGCUGUGUUCUGCCUGGUGUUGAUCUUUGCUCUGUGCUGGUUUCCACUCCAUCUGAGUCGCCUGUUAAAGCGGACCGCCUACAAAUCCCAUGAUGUACACCGCUGCGAAUUGUUGAGUUUCCUCUUGGUGCUUGACUACUUCAGCAUUAACAUGGCAACCAUCAACUCCUGCAUCAACCCCAUAAUCCUCUUCUUCGUCUCCAAGAAGUUCAAAAACUGCUUCAAGUCCUGCCUGUGUUGUUGGUGUUAUUCUGGCUCUCUCUCUAACAGUAUGCUGCCUCUCCACCAUGGGACGAGCCUGCAAUACAAACACACUGACCACUGAGGGGAAGUGAGAGAUCUGCAAUCAGCAGUUCAAACAACAACAAGGACGCCUGACGCGGACGCUGAAAGAGACAUUGUUGUGUUUGGGAGAGAACAGAAAAAGAUGGAGCGAGACUGUGUGUGUGUGUGUGUGUGUGUGUGUGUGUGUGUGUGUGUGUGUGUGUGUGUGUGUGUGUACUGUAUGUGUGUGUGUGUGUGUGUGUGUAAAAUGGCAAAUAAACACCUCUAUAUCAUUCAUUUUUACCUUUUGCAUAGUGUAUUUAUUCAGUUCUAAAUGGGUCUUUUUAUUAAAUACAAAUUACUUUAUAGUGGUAUAUAGUUGUGUGUAUUUAUUAUAUUUUAUGUGUAAAAUACACAA